GCGGGGUGCAUGACAGCCAACAACCGGCCCAAUCACACAACAGCCGCGUUCCAGAUCCGGUAGUCGUGCGGAUUGUUGCUAUGUGGAUGUACAAGGACUCGAUAUGGCGCAAGCCCCUGAGACGAAGACGGAGAAUACUAUAAAGAGCAGCCCAAGGUUUGACAUCUCAUCCGCCGCUGGACCCCCCACAACAACCUCCUCGUUGUAGUACCAACUGCUGGAAGGCAUCGUCAUGGUUUCCUUCACCCUCCUCCUGACGGCUCUCGCCGCCGCUGUCACCGCCAGCCCACUUCAGGCUGUCCAAGAGCGUGGCAUCCAGCCCGGCCAGGGCACGCACGAUGGCUUCUUCUACUCGUUCUGGACCGACGGCCGCGGCUCUGUCGACUACAACAACGGUCCUCGCGGCUCGUACAGGGUGACGUGGAACAACGUCAACAACUGGGUCGGCGGCAAGGGCUGGAAGCCGGGCCCGCCCCGCAAGGUUGCCUACAACGGCACCUGGAAUAACUACAACGUCAACAGCUACCUCGCCCUCUACGGCUGGACCACCAACCCACUGGUCGAAUACUACAUCGUGGAAGCGUACGGCACGUACAACCCGUCCUCGGGUACCUCGCGCCUCGGCACCAUCGAGGAUGACGGCGGCGUCUACGACAUCUACAAGACACGCCGCGUCAACCAGCCCUCCAUCCUCGGCACCUCCACCUUUGACCAGUACUGGUCCGUCCGCCGCACCAAGCGCGUCGGCGGCACCAUCGACACGCAAAAGCACUUCGACGAGUGGAAGCGCCAGGGCAACCUGCAGCUGGGCACCUGGGACUACAUGAUCAUGGCGUCCGAGGGGUACCAGAGCAGUGGGUCGGCCAACAUCGAGGUCAGAGCUGCAUAGUAAGGUACGCUUACCUUUGGCCGGUUGGACCGUGGAUGGCAGUGGGUGGUUCUCUCCAUGGACAGUUCCGCCGCCAUUGUUGAAACUGCUACGCUGUUUUGCGGGGAGAGCUUUGGUGUGAGGAUGAUGUGUAAACAAAGCACUCAGGCCAAAUGAAGUCGUCUCGGGAAAUGGGUUGAGAUUGUGACCGUCCUUUAUGCACUUCGUGCAGGCAAUCUGAACUGAACCGUGAACGGAAAACCUGAUCUGCCUUUAAGUGUCUGGCAGCUGUAGCAGCCACCGCAAAAUAUUCCCACCGCGCUUCGAGGUUCUUUCCUACACCGGAAUAAACAGCGAGGGGCC